AUGGUCGUAAACGUUCCAGAUGAGUUAGGGGGAACUAAGAAGUUGAAUGAUAAUUAUGAAAUACCUAUGAUAGGUUUAGGAAUUUCAAGAAUAACUGAUCAGAAUAGCUUAAACGAUGCUAUCGAAGCAGCUUUACGUUCUGGAUAUCGUCUUUUUGAUACUGCGCAUAUAUACGCAAAUGAAAGUCAGUUGGGGAAUGCUCUUCAGCUAAACUUGACGAAAUUUGGUUUGACUCGUUCAGAUGUUUUUAUAACUACUAAAGUUCCAAUUGUUGAUGAGAACACAUCUGACUGGGUUAAGACACAUUUGAGAGAAUCAUUAACGAAACUACAAACAGAUUAUUUGGAUUUGGUUCUUGUACAUUAUCCACGUGAUCGCUUUACUGGAAGCGAUGGCAACAGAGAGCUUAAUCAGACAGGACGCCGUUUGGUCUGGGAAGAGUUAGAAGAAGCUCAAGCCAGAGGUCUGAUUCGUUCCAUCGGUGUAUCUAACUAUACUAUUUAUCAUCUAGAGGAAAUGGACUCUUAUGCAAAAGUUAAGCCAGUGUUGAAUCAAAUCGAGUUUCACCCUUAUUUGACCAUAGAUCAAAUCCGAUCUUACUGCGCCACGAAGAACGUCUUUGUUCAGGCUUUUUCAUCAUUGUGUUGGGCGAACCAAGAUAUUUUAAACGAACCCGUUGUACAACUCCUUGCAGCAAAGUAUUCGGUUUCUCCCCAAAUUAUUCUGUAUACUUUCGCUUUGAAUACGGGAGUGGGUAUAAUCCCCAAAUCGGCUACACCUAGCAGAAUUGAAGAUAACAUCAAAAAGACCGCUGCUAUUCGACUGGAGAAAACAGAUAUAUUCUUGCUAAUGCAGCUCGAUCAGAAUAAAGCAUUUUGCCCUGGUUGCCAAUGCUGGAGAGUGCUUUGA